UCUGAAACCAUCAUCACUCACGCUUGUCGUCAGUCGCCCAUUGCUCUCACUAGAGCUUCAUUCAUCGCCGUGAAAGGCAUCUUUCUCUAUAAUAUCACCAUUGACAUCCAUUUCCUUCAAGAAACAAGUCAGUCGGAGAGAGAACAAGAAGGGGCUCUGCAACAGUCCGUAACCGUCAACUGCUGUAACAAUUUACAAGGCUUAACUAUUCAAUCAUCAAUCAAUCAAUCAAUCAACACCCCUCCACACCCCCCUCCCCCCCUUCCUGUGGUCAACAAUCAUUUAUCGUCAAUCAUUGCCUUUAAUCACAUCACGUCUCCCGCUCGUUCCUCGUUUUCGCAUCCACCCCUACUCUUGCCGGCGCUUGCACCAUGGACUUUGCCAACUAGCGGACAAAACGUCGAAAAGGCUCUCUCUCUCCCCUGUUCCUACCUCCCUCUUUCUCUCCUCCUCCAAUAAUUAUAGAGCAUUCGUUGUCUUUCGGCAUUUCCUACGGAUCCUUCUAUCACCUCACAAUCCUAACGAAUUCCUCUCCCCGUCAUCGUCAUAACUAGUAAACCGAAUACUUUUUUGUUUCCCAGCUUGCCUUAAUUUGGAUUUCCCUAUUUAUUUCUUCUUUGCCUUCCUUCCUCCUCCUCUCCGCUUUCUGUUUCGGCCUUCGGCAAGGCUGUCAGUAGGCUGCCGCCAAUUUCACGGCUUGCUCCCGACUAGCCCGAAAGAGACUCCGUCACAGCAUCGGUGAUACUUUCUCGUCGUUCCUUUCUUGCCCGAAACCUUAUCUCACUCGAGCAAGUUGUAACGACUCCCAAUUCAGCAACAAGCUCUUUCUCUCUUUCUUCCUCUCUGCCUUUUGUGUUUUUCAAUUCGCCCACCACACCACCUCCACCACCACCUACCUCUUCUUCAGUUGCGUGCGGUUGGCACCUUUUUGUUCAUACUUGUAGCGUCGUUUUUUUUUAUUUCAUUUUCCACUGUACCUUUUCCGUACUGUGUGGCGGUCGCUGGAAAAAUUUCGCGUUUCAUUAUCCACAGGACCGCAUGCAGAAAGUGAGUGAGAGCGCUUGUCUUAGAUACCCCCGAGCUUCCGCGGAUUCUUAGCUCACGCGUGUUUUGUUUCGCAAUUCAUAGAAUCGUCCGCUCUACAGUUUAGAGGACCAGAUUGGUUACAGCAACCCACCGUUCAUUCGCCCGUUAGAAGAAACGAACGAAGAUAUCGUUCUUUCACAUCCUCCUGUAGCGAAGGAUUCCUCGACAAGCCACUACACGACGCAGUUAUCAUCUUACCGAGCGAGCGGCUUUGAAGGCCCGCACAAUCGCGACAUCAUGUCUGACAUUCCUUCAGCCAGUACUCCUCGUUUGAGCGACAUCUCUUCCAUUGAUUCUCCUCGGAAUUCCCUUGAUCAGACCCCACCUGCUGGCACGAGUGGUGUUAACCAGGCGACAGCGACAGCGGGCCCUUUUAAUCCACUGGGCAAAACCUCUCCUCCAUCGCUCAUUGAUGACUCUAAUAAACCUCGACAUGCUUCUCCUGAUUCUGAUGCCUUGGUGUCUUCUGACGAUGAGCUUGAACAGAAGGAACUUUCUUACUUCUCACAGCACAAGAAUAGCGCGCUUUCUGCCCUCUCUUCUCGACGUCCUUCUUACGCGGCCGAAUUCCAGAAUCGCCCUAGGAACUACUCUAUGGUUGGGGGUGGCCCUCUCUCACCUACCUCUUCCCAUCCAUCCGCCCCCCAAGGUGAUACUACCGCCUGGGCCGCUGGGAUUUCUCCCGGAAGUGUUGGACCAACAGCAGCCGGCCAAUCAUUAGCUCCGAUUUGGGGAUCCAUUUGGAAUUCGGAACCGUCAAGGAAAAGCCCUCCUAAACCCCUAAAUGUCCAGCAUUCUGCCGUUGUUCCAGGUUCCACCCAAAGCCCUCUAUUUGUUGGAAGUGAAGCUCUCCCGAGCCCCACUAGCAUGACACCUAACACUGGAGAUUUCCCUAUCCCAAUUCCGCUCCAGCCACAACUCCGGAACUAUAGGUCCAUGUCAUUUUCCGUUGGCCAGUUGCCCCGUGAUCUGGAUGAACGUCCCAGGUUGUCUCCCCCCGCUAUUGGAAAUGGACCAAGGCCACAUCCACCGUCAGGACUCCAACACAGACCUUCUCGGCCUAGCUUGCUCUCUGAGGAACAAUAUGCCGGACAAUCCAGCCCUCUCAGAAGUGUUUUUGAAGCCGAGGAUGAUGAUGCUAAUAACGCUGAGCUUAACCGUGCCAGGGAGCCGUCCGGGUUGCAUGCCGGGUACUUGCAGCAAACCGGUGGUGCGGGUACAAUUCAACAGGCUAAUUUCAUAAGAUCGAGGUAUGAGUCCAUGAGAUUGAGAAACCGCUCUGCUUCAACUGCUAGUGUUCCUCUUGCUGCCGGACUUGUUGGUCUUGCGCCUAUCGGCUUGAACGGUGGCCGAGACGGCGAACGGAAUUUCUCUGGCGAAGAGUACGAAUCAGCGCUUGCGGAUGACGACGAGCUAGAUUACCACCACUUCCAGGCUCAGCAGGCAGACGGACGCAGGUUUAGCGAAGCGCCCCAGAGAUCAAUGAGCUUGAUGUAUUCGCCGGCCGAGAACCAGCGGUUGGAGAAACUUAGGAGGCAACAUUGGCAAACUGCGGGCCAUUUUGCAGGGAUAGAAUCAGGGAGUGAACUCCUGGCGAAGAGAAAUGUCAGCCCACCCAAAUACGGGGAGAAUGGAUUGGCUGGCCUCGCAAACAGAGACAACUUUUACCUCGACGAAGCACGCCUUCGUCAACGGCAGAGUUUCCCAGUGAGCAAAGCACCCGUGCCUUCGUCCAUCACUCCUCCAGGCCAACUCCAUCUGCAGCACCUGCAGCAGGCAUACACUGCCCCCACGAGGCUCCCAUCUCCCCCUUUAGGUAUCCCUCAUCGUGGGAUGAUGGGUAUUGGUUCUCACCAUGCGCAGCAACCUAGGAGCCAGCAACUAUUGUAUUUCGUGACAUUUAAAGCCUGCCGGGGGGACGUUUUUUAUGUUCAGGAAGGCACUGGGCUACGUGUUCGCGCUGGUGACUUGGUGAUUGUCGAAGCAGAUCGAGGCACUGAUCUUGGUACCGUGGCAGCCGAAAAUAUCACCUGGCAGGAGGCGAAGGAGCUCAAGGAGGAGCAUGCGAAGGAACAAUAUACUUGGCUGAUGAUGUUUGCUUCAAGAAGAGCCCCUGCUUCGGGACUUCACAAUGGUGUUAACGGCAAUGGCACGGGCUUUGCCAACGGGGGUGCGACUGGAGCCAUGCCUGGCGCGCACGGGCAAAUGCAAGGCCAGGACGGCGCCACUGCGGAGCUGAAGCCUAAGAUGAUCAAGAGGCUAGCUCAAGUGCACGAAAUCCAGACCUUGAGAGAUAAAGAAGCGAAUGAGGCGAAGGCCAAGAGAGUUUGCCAACAGAAGGUCUUGGAACAUAGACUUCCCAUGGAGAUUCUUGACGCAGAAUUCCAGAUGGACUGGAAGAAAUUGACUUUUUACUACUUUGCUGAUUCGUAUAUCAACUUUAACUCGCUGGUCACCGAUCUUUUCAAAGUCUAUAAAACUCGCAUUUGGAUGUCGGCUAUGAACCCGGCCUCGUUUGCUCACCCUGCUGGUCUUCAUCCUCCUGGAUCUGGGCCUCCUGGAUCCGGGCCUCCUGGGUCGGGAGCCCUUGGGGCAAUCGGAGAGUCCAACGAACUGCAGAAUCAGAUUAUGCACCAGUCCCAGUACUCGGGUCAUAACCCAUCUUAUUCAGGAUACGUUCAUUCAAACGGACCUGGGUCCUCGGCGAUGUCUCACCGCGGACAGCAAAUCUCGGCCAACUUCCCGCCCCGCCAUUCCCCCCACGCAUCAGUUGCACCUCAUCAGGAUUUCAGCCAUCUUCCGCAGCAGCAAUUGAAUGGAUAUAAUAAUUUACCCUACAUAAAUGCCAACUCGAACGGACACCAUAGCCAGAACGUGGGCAACAAUCUCGACAGCCAUCCCAACGGCGGAAACGACGCAUGGAUGGCUUCUUUACAGAGCCUCUCUCUCGGCUCCCAUUAG